CACAAAAAAAAAACAAAUUGCCUUUGCUACACUUUUAUUUUCUGUCGAAGUGGAGUCAUUUUUUCACCUGUAUGUGAGGUCCAAGUGCCUUUAACACCACCAUCAAUAUGUUGUGAUCUGCAGCUUCUAUGCAAAGACCAGAGAGACUUAUUAAGACUUUAAUGAACUGUCUUAUAGUGGGCUUUAAAGUUAACUGUAGCAUACUGUACAGUCUGUGCUCCAUUGAAUUCAGGGAUAAGUAAAGACUAAGCAAUAAAUGUGGAAAUGUUGACAAUGCCUCUAAUUGUGCCAGAAAUGACAUUUAUACAUGUGACACUUUCCAAAAUUACAAAGUGCUUUACAACCAGCUAAAAUCAAACAACAGUAAAAACAACUAUUCAGCCUCAUAAAACAUCAGGUCACAGUUACAGAAAGGGAGAAGAGAGGAAGGUUGCAUUAAUAAACACUGUUAGACUCUGAGCGCAUACUUUUAAUUUCAGGGCUUUGUACAAAAGACUUCAGGUGAGUCAGACUCGUGACAACUGUGAUGUGGCUGUUUAAAUUUGUUGCUGUAGCGUCGGUGAAAGGUGAAAAUGCCAUAAAAUUCUGCGUGAUUGCUUCGAGUACGAGUUCUGACAGUUAAUGUCCACUAGUUACAGGAAAAGUGUGAGGAAUAUCAAAAGACAAAAGAAUAACACAAAGUUACCAAAUUUGGAGCAACUUAAUUAUCUUCACUAAAAACUAACAAACUAAAACACACUUUACUGAGCCAAUGGUGUAAUUUUUGUCUUUCUAGUGUUCCAGUAGAGCUGGGUGAUGAGCAGGUGAUUUCUAGUCUGAAUAUGCAGAGUGAAAAUGAUGGCAGGGUGGAGCAUGAAUUCAGGGUGGGUGACAACCAUAUUGUUGUUGUUGUUGUUGACCGCCUUCGAGACAAUUCUGUGUUGUGCAGCAGAGCUGGUGGCUACAAGAACUACUGUUGAAAUACUGAAGAUUUACCUCCUUUAUUAUACAUUCAGGGAUAGAUGACUGUCAGCUAAUAAACAGACAACCAGAACUUACAUUUUUGAUUCAUCAUUGGCACAAGGAGGACGAGCAGAAACAUCUCAGAUAAUAACUGGACAGCCUUAACCAUCAACAGCUUGUCUUCGGGAGUUGCCAAAAUGUCAAAUAUUGACUUCAAGAGACUUGAGCUCUUCAACAACACCCUGAGUGGUUGUGGUGUAAGCCCAUCCUGUAAUAACUCCCACCUUAUUUUCCACAACACCAGUAUUUUCAGUGGGCUGGAGAUUCUUGAUGAUGGGUCCCCCUGGCUACGAAUACUCAUCUCUGUGGUGUACUUUGUUUUGGCUACAGCGGGAGUGUUGGGGAACUUGUUAGUGAUGUUCCUGCUUUAUUCUACUCACACCAUCACCACAGGCACCAUCAAUUUCUUUGUGUUCAACUUAGCUUUGGCCCACCUGCUGUUCUCCCUGGCCUUGCCGUUUUGGGCCGUGGACAUUGCGCUGGACUACAGCUGGCCUUUUAGCUCGACCACAUGCAAGGCUGUAUCCUUACUCACUGGCCUGAAUGUCUUUGCCAGCUGCUUUUUCCUGACGGCUAUGAGUUUGACCCGGUACUGCUAUGUGGCAACCGCUCUCAAACCCAGUGCCUCCCUGUGCAGUAGAUCUUGCACUUCUCCGGUGGCCACAGCUUUUAUCUGGGCUGGAGCGCUCAUAGCAGCGGCACCCCGAGCGGUGUUUGCAGACCUGAGCCUUGUGGGCAGUGGCAAUGACACAGCAUGCCUGCUCCGUUUCCCAGAUGGCACGGCCUGGCUUGGAAUAAACCAGCUCGUGCGUGUGGUGCUGGGAUUUCUGCUGCCCUAUGCCACCAUCAUCCUUUCCUACCUGCUUCUGCUGCGCUUUCUCUGUCGCCAUAAUAUGAAAGGCAGCAACUCUUGGAGAAAGGCAGACAUUUCAAAGUCGGUGGCAGUGGUGGUACUUUCAUUCUGCGCCUGCUGGUUCCCGUACAAUGUCCUCACACUUUGGGGCGUCCUGAUCCAACUUGACAUCGUUGAAAUCAGCCCCUCAUUUUAUUUGGCUCAAACAUACUUUUUCCCUCUGGCUAACUGCUUGGCUUUCACCAGCAGCUGCUUAAACCCUGUCAUCUACUGCCUGGUUAGGAAAGAAUACCGCGUGGCUUUCCAUAAUGUGCUCUUCAAAUUAAGUAUGGCUAUUAUGUCUAAGAUGCCCUACGGCAUUAAUUCUGAGGAGGGAUCAGCACAAGGCGGGCAACUGUCUAUUCCUCUCAGUAACCUGUACAGCCAGAUAACCCAAUCUGACACAAGGAGAUAUGCACCACUGUCAACACUUCCAACUGUAGUGUCCACUCUGUAAAGCUGCAACAGAUUGAUAAAAUUCUUUACACCAAUACUUUAAUGUAAUGUAAGAAUGAGUUUUCAUCGCGUACUUCAGAAAGACCAAUGUUUUCCUCUAAGGAUGUACAGGAUGUAUAGUUUAGCUCUGUUGUAAAGAGGCUGCACCUAAGCUUUUGUGGGUCUCAUGAUUUACAGUUUUAGCUGUCUGAAUGGGCUGAAUGAAGAUUUGGGCCUUAUUCAUGCCAUCAUAAAGAUUUAAACAUGGGAAAGUGCAUCCACUAAUUCACUAGACAUUUAACUAAGAUGUCCUUGGGUUCUGCCCGAGGCCUCCUCCUCCUCCUUUCAUCUCCUUCUUCUUAUUGUUAGUAGUAUUGACAUAAAAUACUACACAAUAGUUUACUAUUGUAUAAAACUAAUGUGCAAAUAUUUACUACUACAGUUUUGAAUAAUUAAUAUUGCUGCACUGUAGGUCUGGAUUGUAAUUGUCUUGGUUUUAGAUUGUCAUGUGUGAAAACAUUUUUGUCAUUUGUUUGAAUAGAUGUUAAAUAAAACUGUUCACGUUCACUUUA